CCAGCAGAGGGACAAGGAGGAAUUCUGGACACCCUCGGGCACACUCUCAUAUUUCCUGUUGGCAGGGCCCGGGUUCCCAGCCCAGGUAGCCGCCGCAGGGGAGGGAAAGGCCACACAGCCAAGCCAGCUUUGCGUAGCGCGCAGAGUCCUCACCCUCCAGGGCGCAGCUGAGAUGCCUCGACAGUUCCCCAAGCUGAACAUUUCGGAGGUGGAUGAGCAGGUGCGACUGUUGGCCGAAAAGGUGUUUGCCAAGGUGCUCCGGGAGGAAGACAGCAAAGAUGCCUUAUCACUGUUCACUGUGCCCGAGGACUGCCCCAUUGGGCAGAAAGAGGCCAAAGAGCGAGAGCUGGAGAAGGAGCUGGCUGAGCAGAAGUCCGUGGAGACGGCCAAAAGAAAGAAGAGCUUCAAGAUGAUUCGAUCCCAGUCUCUGUCUCUGCAAAUGCCAACCCAGCAAGACUGGAAGGGCCCGCCAUCGUCCAGCCCUGCCAUGUCGCCCCCGACGCCAGUCCCCGCAGGAGCCGCUUCCCAGGCAGCCCCUGGGUCAUUUGUUAUGCCGGAGUUUCAGCGCGUCACCAUCAGCGGAGAUUACUGUGCGGGGAUCACUGUGGAGGAUUACGAGCAGGCUGCCAAGAGCCUGGCCAAGGCCCUGAUGAUUCGGGAGAAGUAUUCGAGGCUUGCCUACCACCGCUUCCCAAGGACCACUGCCCAGUACCUAUGCCCUCAGAGGGCUGAGAAGUGGGGCCCUGGGGAUGAGGUAUUUCCAGAUUUCCACCCACCCCCAGAGCCGCAUGAAAAUCCCUACUGUCUGGACAACACGCCCCCAAACCUGGGCUACAUGCUCAGGAUGCAGGGUGGUAUCCUCUUUGUGUACGACAAUGAGCAGAUGCUGAAAUGCAAUGAGCCCAGAAGCCUGCCAUACCCAGAUCUGGAGACCUACACAGUGGACCUCAGUCAUAUCCUGGCCCUCAUCACAGAUGGUCCAACGAAAACCUACUGUCACCGGCGACUUAACUUUUUGGAAUCCAAAUUCAGCCUACACGAGAUGUUGAAUGAAAUGUCCGAGUUCAAAGAAUUGAAGAGUAACCCUCACCGGGACUUCUAUAACGUGAGGAAGGUGGACACUCACAUCCAUGCUGCAGCCUGCAUGAACCAGAAACACCUGCUACGCUUCAUCAAACACACAUACCAGACGGAGCCCGACAGGAUUGUCACUGAGAAGAGGGGCAGGAAGAUUACGCUCAGGCAGGUGUUUGAUGGUCUUCACAUGGACCCCUACGACCUCACCGUGGACUCGUUGGAUGUCCACGCGGGCCGGCAGACCUUCCAUAGGUUUGACAAGUUCAACUCCAAGUACAACCCAGUGGGAGCCAGCGAGCUUCGGGACCUGUAUUUAAAAACUGAAAACUACUUAGGUGGAGAAUACUUUGCACGGAUGGUCAAGGAAGUGGCUCGGGAGCUGGAAGAGAGCAAAUACCAGUAUACAGAACCUCGCCUCUCCAUCUAUGGGCGCUCCCCCCUGGAAUGGCUCAACCUGGCCAGGUGGUUCAUCAAUCACAAGGUCUACUCCCCAAACAUGCGCUGGAUCAUCCAGGUCCCCAGAAUCUACGACAUAUUUAGAUCCAAAAAGCUGCUUCCAAGCUUUGGGAAGAUGCUGGAGAACAUCUUCUUGCCUCUUUUCGAAGCCACGAUCAACCCCAGGGAUCACAAGGAACUUCACCUCUUCCUCAAAUACGUGACAGGCUUUGACAGCGUGGAUGAUGAGUCCAAACAUAGUGACCACAUGUUCUCUGACAAGAGCCCUAACCCAGACAUCUGGACUAGUGAGCAGAACCCGCCCUACAGCUACUACCUGUACUACAUGUAUGCCAACAUCAUGGUGCUCAACAACCUCCGCAAGGAGCGGGGAAUGAGCACCUUCUUGUUCAGGCCUCACUGUGGGGAGGCUGGUUCCAUCACCCAUCUGGUCUCUGCCUUCCUGACUGCCGACAAUAUCUCCCACGGACUGCUGCUUAAGAAGAGUCCGGUCUUGCAGUACCUCUAUUACCUUGCCCAGAUCCCCAUCGCCAUGUCUCCCCUGAGCAACAACAGCUUGUUCUUAGAAUAUUCCAAAAACCCUCUGCGAGAAUUUCUGCACAAGGGACUCCAUGUCUCCCUCUCCACGGAUGACCCCAUGCAGUUCCAUUAUACCAAGGAAGCCCUCAUGGAAGAAUAUGCAAUUGCAGCCCAAGUGUGGAAGCUCAGCACGUGUGACCUGUGUGAGAUCGCUCGAAACAGUGUGCUCCAGAGUGGGCUGUCCCACAAAGAAAAGCAAAAAUUUUUGGGACCAAAUUAUUAUAAAGAAGGACCUGAAGGAAAUGAUAUUCGAAAGACAAACGUUGCCCAGAUCCGAAUGGCUUUUAGAUAUGAGACCUUGUGCAAUGAGCUGAGCUUUCUAUCUGAUGCCAUGAAAUCGGAAGAGAUUACAACUUUGUUUAACUAGGUUCGCUGUUGGAACAUGCCCCUGGAAUUGGCUGGUUUUAACCUGGCCUGCUGUGGUGGAUGCUGGUGAAGGGGAGCCUGCUUAGGACCAAUAGGGCCUCCCUGGAAGCGGAGGCUUGGGAUGCUGCUCAGGGGCCUCUCACUUUGACCUCCAUCUUCCUCAUUCUACCUGGACCCAAGACGUCAAAACACUGCACUGUCUGUGUGCAGUGGGGCCUGGAGGCUGCCUUGGGGAGCUGGGCUGCUUUGUACUUUUUUCUUAGUUUUCCAGACACUUCUUGGAAGAUGGCCAGUACUUGCAUGAAAGGAAUUGUACUUUCCAUUGUGAGAGGCCACACCAUAUUGCCAAUCAACUCUCUGGCCCUAAAUGGAGGGUGGAGUAAGAGAUACAUACAUCCACUAAGUUUUGACACCAGGAUGUCUAGGUUUGCUUUAUUUUUUAAAAGGUGUUUUUACUAAUCACUUUUGUUCAGAUUUCCAUGCACCAUUGUGAACAUUCAUGUAUAGGAUCACAGAACAGGUACGUACCAUAGGGAUGAUCUCAUCCAACCCUCUCAUUGUAGAGAUGAGGAUACUGAGGACUAGGGGAGGUAAGGACUUGCUGAAGGUCACAGCAUGGAGCCUGGUCAAUAAAUAGUCCUUGCACAACACUAUGCUGCCUCCAUGAAAUAUAUGGGCUUGCUUUCUGAAAGCCCCUUUUCACCAAUGAACAAUGUCUUUCUGGGAGCAAGGAUUUGGCUCUGAGAGACCUAAAACCAGAAAACUUAGUUCCACUUAGGAAAACAAGGGGAAAUGUAAAGGCCUAACCCUGGAGCUAAAGGGAACCUGUGAGGUCGGCUGGGGAGAGGUGGUGGCCAACAUCCCACAGGGAGGGCUUGUGAGUCAGGAUUAGGACCGUUCUCUACACCAUACUGCCUCCCUCUCCAGUAUUACUUUUGUAUUCUGUAAUUCAUAUGUGAGAAAAAACCAGGAUCCUCCGUCCCUUUUUUUUCUUUUUAAACAAUAAAGAUCUGGGUUUAUCACCAUCUCCCUAAACAACAAAGGAUAUAUUUCCCCUCAUGUAACCAACCAGAGAUCUUUUAGCUGGUGACCUCAGUGAUUAGACAAGGAGGGACAAUUAACUGGGCUAGUAAAGGGUAGUGAAGUGAUUCUUAGAAUAGAGAUCUGAAUUUAAACUCUCCCAACUUACUCCCUGCCAAUGUUUUAAUGUCACGUGCAUAUGGUAACUAGAGUGGCUUGAGCUUGCAAGUAAGGUCCCCUGUAUUUCUGUAGGUGCAUAGAGACCUGGAGAAGCUGUUACGAAUUUAGUGGAACCUAUGUUUGUGUACAAAAAUGGUUACUAGAUUUCAGAUCCUUCUUGUUACUUUCUCUGGCCAUGGAAAUAUGGAAGCUGUUGGUUUUUGCAGCAAAAUAAUUUCCUGAGUCAAAACUCCUUGCCCACUUUGGCCUGUAACGUUCUUAGGAAAGCCCCAAUUGUAUGCAUUUGCACUAAUGUAUAUAACUAUUGCACAGUGUGAUUUUAGGUGUUUAGAGGCAUCCUGUUUAAAAGAAAUGGAAUUAAAGUUUGUUGAGACAGUUGCUCAAUCAUGUGAACAUGUCUGCAGAUAUCAACGUUGUUAGAGCUCCCUUAUUUUCUCCUUAAUAAAGUGUGUGCGGGGGAGAAGCUAAGACUAGAAGGAAGCAUUACCCUAAAUUAAUGGAAUGCAGCAGGUGAAUGCUCUUCUUAACCUUGGAAGACAAGCUUGGAAAAUAUCCACUGUAAGCAGGGUCAGAGGACAGGGCCCAUUGGCAGUGGCCUUCUGGUUUUUCACUAGUAGCCAAAGGCAAUCACCAGUGUCUGGUUUUUCACCAGGGUCACAGAGCCUCUGCUGGGAAUGGCUAGCUGCUUUCUCUUCUUUUCCCUUGCACUUUCCUCCAACAUGCCUGGGAGUACUUGUUUCAUCUGCUCUGCUGGGGCUGUUCUAGAUUGGAUCAUUUACACAGCCCUUUGUCACUCCCCAGUGUUCCUGGUACCAGCGUGCUUCUGUCCAGUGGCAUUUACUGGUUUUUGUUCUGGUGACUGCCAAAUCUGCGUCGGCUGGGUUGGCAGCACAAUAAUAUGCUGCUUUUCCAAGGUGUGGCCUUCUCAAAGACAGCUCUGGAGAUUUAUCCUCUCUUCCCUAACCUAACCAGCCUUAGUAACACAUUUUCCUUUUUGCUACAAAUUCUAUUGCCUUAUGAACACAAUGCACUGCCUCCUGAGUCACCCACCAUUCUUUCUGCCCUUUACCUUCUACUCUUGGGGAUCCAGCGGCAAGGCGGCAUCCUUUUGGACUGGCCUUGUCUUUGACUUCUUGCUGUUUGAGUAAAAAUCAUGUUCAUCUUUUUCAUUCAUCUUAUGGACAUAACUGAGGGUAAUGAGAUAAUGUCAGCAAUCCACUCUACUUGAACAAUGUUUUAAAGGACAGUGGUAACUACAUUAAAAAGAAUAUUAACUACA